AUGAUCACGCUGGAGGAUGUUUACAGAGAUCGGGUAGGCGGCACAACUCACUCGGGACGAAUGGGUAUUCUAGGCUUUCUGUGGGGACUUGCCUGGCUCUACGUGUGUGUUCCGUGGUUUGCGUAUGCGGCGUUGAGGCUGCCUGUUAACACCAACGCGGUGAUGCCUUUCAGCUUCGUGGAGAGAUUUGGAAGUCAGGCUGUGAUGGGCGCGGUUGUUUCGGGCGGUCUGCUCUGGGCUUUCGUGGGCAAUGGACGAUCUCACGGUGAAAAAAGUUAG